AAACUAACAGAAAUGAGUUUAGCGUUUGAAGUAGUUUGUGUUGACCCCGCGUCAUGUGACACAGGCCAACCAGGAUCCUGCCAAACUGAAACCGAAACCGAAAGUAAAGUAUGCAUCAGACUGCGAGCUAACAGAGGAGUGUGGAGGAAAUAUACACGGGGUAGAUGGACAGCUGAGUCCUGACCUGAAUAGCUGGAUCACAUCUACCCUCCUGGAGUCUGACUGUCCACCUCGGGGAAAUGAAGGACGUGGUAGUCUGUGGAUUGUUCACCCUCCUUUUGGAUGCUGUUCUGUGCUCAGCCCUCUGGGCUCUCCUGCUGCUGCUGCGGUCCUCCGACUGUGGCGGCCUUGCAGGUGUGUGGGCCUUCGGAGCAGUGAAGUGGGUCGUCCUCCAUGUUUUCACGUCUGCAUUAACUGAGGGGAAACCGCCGGCUGUGCUCCGCCGACUGGUGGUGCUCCUCUGUCUUCUUUCCCCUGCGCUGGAAACUGGACAGAUCCUGGUGGCGCCUCCCUCCGAGCCUUACACCGGGCCACUCCCUGACCUCAGCAUGCUGCUGGUGGCUCAGAUGUCCUCAUUGCUGGCCGUUGCAGUUUGGGAGAAGGGUCUCUGUGGGAAUGGAAAGAUGAAAAAGAACAACAGCAAACCUGAUUCCAGACGUUUGUUAAUAAGGGUGCUGAAAUACUUCAAACCAGACACUCUUUACCUAAUAGCCGCUUUUGGUUUCCUCAUCUUAGGAGUUUUCUGUGAUUCGUUUAUCCCACUGUAUCAGGGAAAGGUGAUUGAUAUGCUAAGUGAUCAAAAGCAUCAAAUCGGCUUCAGUUAUGCAUUGGGAACGCUGGUGCUUUUCUCUCUUGGAAGCGCUCUGUUCUCCGGCCUGAGAGGAGGCCUGUUCAUGUGCACCUUGGCCAGACUGAACAAGAGAUUGAAGCAUGUGCUGUUUCACAGCCUCAUGCAGCAGGAAAUAACGUUCUUUGAGGAGAACAGCUCUGGUCAGCUUUCCUCCCGCCUGCACUCUGACGUGGACAGGAUGGGCCGCACCGUAGCGCUGAACGCCAACGCACUGGUUCGCAGCACCGUCAAAACCUGCCUGAUGCUCUGGGUGAUGCUACACCUGUCCUGGGAGCUCACUCUUCUCACCUGCAUAGAGAUGCCACUUGUGGUCAUGGUGCAGAACAAAUACAUCACGUUGUCUAAGGAGCUGAAAGAGCAGAUGCAGGACUGCCACGCUCGGAUCAAGGACCUGGCCUCCGAGACCGUCGGCUGCAUUCGAACCGUCCGCAGCUUCAAGGCAGAGAAAGAAGAGUUGAGGAGGUAUCAAGAGGCUCUGGAACAGAUGUCUGCCAUCAAUAGACGUUCAGGGAUCUACAGUGCUGUUUUUGGUUUUAUACGGAGGCUGUUGAUUGUGGGGAUAAAGAUACUGAUGCUGGUUCAGGCCCGCACCCUCAUCUCGUCCGGGCGCCUCAGCAUCGGUAGCCUAGUGUCCUUUUUCUUGUACCAGAAGCCCAUGUCAAACAAUUUGAGGGAGAUUUUGUAUUGCUAUGGAGAGACGAUGUCCACAGUUGGUGUGAUUUCCAAAGUGUUCGGCUAUCUGGACAGGACACCAAAGUGCAAGAAGGAAGGAGAGUUAGCCCCUGAGAAACUGAAGGGAAGAAUUGUUUUUGAAAAUGUCACCUUGAGCUACCCCUCAUCUCCACAUACACAAGCUCUGAAGUCUUUUUCAGUGGAACUGCAGCCGGGGAAGAUGACUGCCCUGGUGGGGCCCUCCGGCAGCGGAAAGACUUCCUGUGUCGGCCUCCUGAAGAGGUUGUAUGAACCGCAAGAGGGACAGAUCCUGUUGGAUGGAGAACCGCUGCACCAUUACAAGCAGAAAUACCUCCAUGAAAAGAUAGCCCUGGUAUCCCAGAAUCCUGUGCUGUUUUCUGGUUCUGUGAGGUACAACAUUGAGUACGGCCUGAAAGAAUGUAAUGAUGAUAAGGUGAAAGAAGCCGCGGUGAAGGCCAACGCAGACGGCUUCAUCUCUGAGAUGAAGGACAAGUACGACGCAGAUGUAGGAGAAGGUGGACGGAACCUCUCAGAGGGACAGAAGCAAAGCAUCGCCAUCGUCAGAGCCCUGGUCCGAGAUCCGCAGGUCAUCAUACUGGAUGAGGCUACCAGCAAACUGGAUGUUAAUGCACAGCACGCUGUGCUGCAGGAGAUUGUGACUCGUGGCCGGACGGUCCUGGUGGUGGCUCAUCAGCUGAAGACGGUGGAGAAAGCCGAUCACAUCAUCUUUUUAGAGGGGGGGGUCGUCGUGGAAGAGGGGACACACAAGGAGCUCAUGGCCAAGAAAGGGCGCUACCAUCGGCUAAAGGAGGAACUGUUCUCUCAGAGCGACUAAGCACCAGAUCAGCUGGAUGGGUGAAAAUGUGUAAAUUCAGCUCCUGUCCUGAUAACCUGUAUUUUUUUAUGUUGUACGGUUUGAGUGUAUUUAGUACUAAGAGCAUGUCCACUAUAUGAAGUUAAGUCUGUGUGUUUCAUGUGUGUAAAAAAAGUCUUUUUAUAAAUAAGAAAUUAAAGUUACCACAAUCCUUUGUAUUGUACAAAGGCAGUUUGUUUUCUGAUAUAUUUUUAAAUGUAAGUCAUUAAAAUGUUUUCUUCGUAAAAA